AUGCGCGUCGGCCUGCCAUCCACCCACGCGUACCUUCCUCAGGGUGUUUUGAAGCUUGAGGCAUACGACAAUGGACUGGACGAAGCUCCUCAAUACCCGACUGUGGUACAAGGGCAUCGAAACAACAUGCAAACAUUCAAGAACUGUGUCAUUUUGACCAGAGUCGGGGGCUUCUACGAGCUAUAUUUUGAGCAAGCAGAAGAACUAGCAUCGUCUCUUGGCCUAAAACUGGCGACCAAAAAGACCAAUGGCGGACCAGUUCCCAUGGCUGGCUUUCCCUUUUUCCAGCUCGACCGUUUCCUGAAGAUGCUUGUGCAAGAUCUCAACAAGUAUGUAGCUAUUAGCGAGGAGUUUGCUCUUAAUGCAGAGGAAAAAGCACUAUCAGGCGGUCUCUUGUUUGGCCGCAAAGUGGCUAGAGUCGUCACUCCUGGCACGCUGAUUGAUGAGAAAUUCAUAGAGCCCUCUGAGCACAAUUUCUUGUUGGCCAUAUACUUGGAUGUUGCCACUAUGGAAUCGAAGCUGAAGCAACAUGCCAAUAGUGAUGCCCAGUCUUCGCAUCAACACAUAUUGUCCUCUGUGCCUCAGCAGGUAGGGUUGUCGUGGCUGGAUCUUUCGACUGGCGAUUUCUUCACACAGCUGACAACAACUCAAAUGCUUCCAUCUGCAAUUGCCCGAAUCGGAGCCCGUGAAAUUCUGGUUGAUCAGAAUAUCCAAGAUCUCAUUGGGCAUGAAUUACAGUUACUCGUUGGACAUGAUCAUCGUCUGGUCACCUUCUUUCAAUUCCCUGUGACAUUCGACCCAGUGUCCGAGUGGGGAACCAUGCUCGAGGCACCCGUUCCUGAGGAUGAUCGUGCGUCCUUUACUCCAGAGGAAGUGGCAGCUGGAUACAGCUUACUUCAAUAUCUUCGAGUCCAAUUACAAGGAUCAAAUCUUAAGCUGCAACCUCCUCGUCGAAGACAUUUAAAUGAAUCAAUGAGUAUCGAUCGCAAUAGUUUGAGUGGUCUUGAGAUCUUGGAAACAGCAAGAGAUGGGUUUGGCAAGGGAAGCCUUCUUCAUGCUGUUAAAAGAACUUCUACUAAAAGUGGCUCGCGGCUUCUGCGAGACCGGCUUACCUCUCCUUCGACAUCUUUAAAGAUCAUCAAUGAACGUUUGGACCUCGUCUCGGUCUUUAUGGACAACGAGGAGCUUCGUGAGAGCAUUGUUCAGCUGCUGAAACGCAGUUAUGAUUCACAACGCCUGGUUCAGAAAUUCGCCCUUGGAAAAGGGGACCCAGAUGACUUGAUCUGUCUAUCUAGGGCCAUCGAGGCCUCGAAGGAAGUCAGACAAGUUCUCUUUAAUCACAGCAAAACUCCAAUCUCGAACAUUAAUCUCAAGAACAGCGUGACGGUUAUGAUUUCACGGUUAUAUCUUGAUGGCCCGAUUGCAUUGGCUGAAAAGAUUCUCGCGGCCAUUGAUGAGGAGGGCUUGCUGCAAAAGCAACGCAUCGAAGACAAUACUGCUGCAGAAGCAGCUAGUCUGGCGCAAAAGGUGACACUCGAUGAGGGCACACCCAGCGAGCUCGAAAGCCUACCGAAAAAGGUCAGGUCAAAAACCAAUGAUAGGACUGCGGCAACUGAUGCUGAAUCCGGUCCUAUUGAUACUUGGAUAAUGAGACGCGAUGCAAGCAAGAAUCUCAAUGCUCUUCAUGCGGAACUGGAACGACUAGGUGAUGAAAAGGUUUCACUGACACAAAAGCUUCGCGAUUCAGUUGGAUCAUCCGCCUUGACCCUCAAAUGGACACCUGGCUUAGGUCACAUAUGUCACGUUAAAGGUGCCAAGAUAUCUCAAGAGUCCUUGGAAGACCUAGGCGUUACUCGAAACGUCUCAUCUACCAAGUCCACGCGGUCAUUUUAUUUGCCAGCCUGGUCAGAUCUGGGUGCAAAUAUGGACCAAGUUAAGAUUCGAAUUCGUCAAGAAGAGCAGACAAUUUUCCAGCAUCUCCGCCGCGAAGUGAUCUUGAAUCUUGUCAAGAUUCGCCGGAACGCAGCUGUCAUGGAUGAACUGGACGUUGGCUGUUCAUUCGCAAUUCUAGCUCAAGAACAAAAAAUGGUACGACCCAUUCUUAAUGACGGCGUUUGUCACAAGAUCAUCGGAGGAAGACAUCCAACCGUCAAGCUAGGGCUAGAAGAACAAGGCCGAUCUUUUGUGAGCAACGACUGCUUCUUGGGUGAUUCCGAGCGAAUCUGGCUCAUUACUGGUCCUAAUAUGGCCGGUAAAAGUACAUUCUUACGACAAAACGCACUGAUCACAAUCCUCGCGCAGAUCGGGUCUUACGUACCUGCAGCUUAUGCCGAGAUCGGCAUCGUCGAUCAGAUCUUCAGUCGCAUUGGUGCAGCUGAUGACCUCUUCCGAGACCAGUCAACCUUCAUGGUCGAAAUGCUAGAGACGGCUGCUAUUCUAAGACAGGCUACUUCCAAGUCCUUUGUGAUCAUGGAUGAAGUUGGUCGAGGCACAACUCCCGAAGAUGGCACAGCUGUCAGCUUUGCUUGUUUGCACCAUCUACACAAUCAUAACCAGGCCCGCACACUUUUUGCUACCCAUUUUCAUGCCCUCGCGGAUAUGACCCAGAACUUCGAGGCAUUGGCGAGAUACUGCACAGAUGUCAAGGAUACAGCUACUGGCGGCUUUUCUUUCGUUCAUCGUCUGCGGAAGGGAGUCAAUCGGGAGUCUCAUGCUUUGAAAGUUGCUCAACUAGCUGGUCUGCCUAAAGAAACACUCGAGCUGGCUACGCGAAUCCGUCAACAGAUGAGAGACGAAACACCUCCGACGCAAACCUCCAGUGACAAUUGA